AUGGCGAAGAUUCUCUCGGUCACCCCAUUGGGGUGGAGCCAGAUGAAGGAUCACUGGUGGCAGUUUUUGAUGAUCGGAGUUUUGUUGGCCUGCAUUGCCAUCGGAUCCGCGCAUAUCAUAUGGUCUUUGGUUUCAAAAGCAAUUAAAUCUUACAAGUCGAGAUCGGUUCCAGACAAAAUCCCUUCAAAUGUUUCUCAGCGCCUCGAAAAGCUUGCCAACAGGAGUCUUCAGCUCACUGCGCCCCCAAACAAGCAGAAACCGUCCUCCUUCGGGGUUUACCUCGGCGCCUUCAAUAAAACUCCUACGGAAUCACAAAACCGGCUGUUGCAACAAUGGGACCUCUUAAUUGUCGACCCGUUCCAAAAUGGAACUACACAGGCCAUCACUCAACAUGGUCAAAGCCGGGUGCUCGGUCGAAUCGAUUUUUCGCAAGUUGUCUCGCCAAAGGAAUCAGCUCUUCUGGCCAUUGACAGAAUUGAAGAGGUUUUGGCGAACAACUUCAACGACACGGCAUAUUCUGGAAUCCUGUUCGCCAAUUGGGAAGAUAGAUUCUCUCCAUCUGUCCAGGGGAAAUUAUUCGAGGUCAUCAAGGGUCUCGGGUUGGAAGUAUACCUAGAGACACAAUCACCCAAUUUCUUGACGAGCCGAAAGUCUCUUCAGAACAACGCCAUUUCCGGCCUUGUGGUUCGAAACAUCAGCAUUUUGCCCUCUGGUGAAAAGCGAGACUAUUUCCAAAUGGCAAAACUGCAAUCCACAAUCAAGUCAUUUGUCUCCGAAUCUUGUAUGCGAGAUUUCGUUGUUCUUGCAUGGGAAACCCUCGACAACGAUGCCAUUCCCUCGAAUGCCAUUAUUCGACGCUCGAUUCAGUGGUGUAGUUUCUACAGUGCCGUUUGCUGGAUUGGCACCGAGGCUGCUUUACAGGAUGCUGAAUUGAAUGUGCCUACAGUCGAGCCUCUCCCUGCAUUCGGAUGGUUAAAAGAUGCCGAUAUCAUGAAAACCCAUGAUACAUGGCGCUCGAACCUUCACAUUUCUCCAUUUGCUGACACCCAGACUGGAUGGGAUACCAUUCGUGAGCAUUUCUCGGAGGUUGACGGACUUCUUGCUUCUCAGGAGACGGAAGCUAUCUCGCCAGAGAGCCCAGGCGCCCAACUUCGCGAUCCUCCAGAGUGGGUGGCUCAGGUGAAAUCACAGGGAAGCCCACUUUCCAUCUCCAUGUCUGGCCAAGAAUACACAGCGUUGGGCUGUUUCCCUCUUGGAUCAGAAUCAACGACAAUGGCCUUCGCUGAAAUCCUUCAGUCGCAACAACGCCUCAAGGGCCUCAGCCUUCUUCAUCCAGUUCCAGCAUCCAAGGUCCAAAACAUCGGUCUGCUUCUUCGUAACUUUCAAGCGUCACUUGAAACUUCAAAUAAAGAUGAGCACCUUAUUGCAACUAUCAAGGAGCUGGCUGACAAGGCAUCGAAUGAAUCUCUCAAUGUCUACCUUGCAUUGGACUCUGGGUUGAGAAAAUCAUCCGAUGUUCGAUUCUGGUCUGUUUAUCAACUUGACGGUGACAACGAUAAGACCGAAAUUUUUGUUUCGAAGAAUGCCCCUGGCUUAGCCGGAACUAUCUUGCACACAUUUCUCUCUGCAAAAGGGUUUUCGCGACAUGUCUGCUUUGAAACUGAAGUCGCGAUGGCAAGCUGGUCGCAGGAUUUGGUGCCAGAAACUGAUCUCCCUCGACGCAUGACCCAGGAUAUCGAUGUCCUCAGCCCGGAAGAGCGAUUGCUGCUCCUGCAACAUUUGUCCCUGACAGAUUCGCAAACUACUCUCUCAGAGACUAUUUGCUCAUACAUUCGCAAGCAACUCCUCGAUACCCCCUCAUUCGCCCUGUUGAAAGAACUCAACACUGUGGGUUACCUCGAUGGAUCUGUCUCUGCUGAGGAGCUGAUCCAAUCCCGCAUUGAUUGGUACAAAGAACAGGAGUGCCCGCAUCCAUCGGUUGCCAGUUCCCUUCGCCUUUUCAACCAGGUCGACGAACUUUUCACCCAAAUUCUGAAGUACCACCGAGAAGAUGAGCUUGCAGGCAUCACCAAGGGUCUCUGUGAGCUCACGCAGGAUGGCAACAUUGAUGCUUAUAUCGACAUGAUGACUCUUUCUCUGUUCUGUGCGGCGCGAAAGGGGGCCUUUGAUGAGAUCUACGCAGAGGUCACAGACCGCAACCCGCUCUUCAACCUUCACCCCGACCAAUCGGCAGCCUUUGCGGAGUCAUUCGCGCUCGGAUCUCGCUGUGAAGCAUAUUUCGAUGUUGCUCCCAGUGUUUUUGGCAAACUUUUAUCUGAUCGGUUCAGAGAACAUUACACAUUGCCGCAGAAUCAACCCCCGGACUGGGCAAAUGGCGCCACAGAGCUUGCGACUGCUUACGCAGGAGCUCAGAUUGAUGUAAACCCUGACGACAAAUCGAAGCCCAUGCGUAGCUACCAGCGCUUUACUUUCCUCAGUGUUUUUGCCAUUCCCGCUUUGAUCGACAUUGUUCUGCUCACUCUGAUCGGACGUGGUCUGUAUCUUUCUGCUUACAUGACCGUCGAAGAGCAAAAUAGCGCGACUUGGGCAUUAAUGAUUUCUCUGCUCCUCUCGGGAGGCAUUGGUACAAUGAUUGCUUGUGGUGGCCCCUACUACCUCAUUUCUAUGGCGUUUGCUGCCUCCAACAUGUUUGUCUUGAUCCGACUCAUUGCCGGUAUUGCAUUCACUAUCGCUGGUGGCUUGGUCGGUUUCGUCGCCAUCUCUAGCGUCAAAAGUCCUCGUGCCGGUAUUAUCUUCUACCUUUAUCUGGUCGCGCUGACCAUCUACUUCUCGACAUUUGCUUCUCUCGCAAGCUUCAGUUACCCCGGUUCCACAUUCCUGUCGGGUCGCAAGGCCAUCAUUUUUUGCAUUCCGAUCCUUUUCUUGUCCCCCAUCAUCACCACUUUCACCGGGCACGACUCUGCGAUCUAUCUCGCUGUAGUCUACGUUUUCAUCGGCGUAUUGCUACUUUGCCUACGAUCAACUACCUCCAAGUGGGUGACUUGGUAUCAAUCUUUGCGACGGACGGAUGAUACCGAAAUUCGCAAGUGGUACAUCUCUGUUCACGGAAACAACGAUGAGAAAGUCUUCGGAAGUAUCAGUGAUCCAGCUGCACUCAAACUCGCCCGAGAGGCUCUUCUCGAAGAUGUGAUGGCUGAGAAGAACCGCGGACUGUUUUCAAGGUCAACUACAGACAAGCUCGUCAAGGAGAUUGCUCGCGAUUGGGAAUCCACCAACUUCCUUCUCGACUGGUACUGCCGAUAUGCCGAUGUUUCCCGUCCAAUCCCAUUCAGUUCUGGAUGGAAUAUUCAAACCAAAGUUGCUUUGGAUGUCCUGCGUAACUCGCAGAAAGGACUCAAGCUACACAAUGCCUUCGUGCACUGGCGCCAGUCCAGUAAGGAGAUAGGCUGUGGUAUUCUCUACUUCGUCAUUGCUCUUCUCGACAAGUGGAUAGAAAUGCUGAGCGGUGAUAAAAAUCAGCCAACCCUCGGUUUUCUCGGGACUAACACUUCUACCCUCACGGCUGGUACCCUCACGGCUAGUAGCGUUGAGGCUACCGCUGAUACUUCGUGGAAGCGUAUGGCUACUGGAUUUGCUUUGGCAUAUUAUCUGAUCGGCGCUGUUCUCAUCGACACCAAAGCCCAAGAGCUUCAUGAAGCUAUUGGCGGCAAAGCACCAGAGGUCAUUAGCGAGUCCAAACAUAUUCGCCCCUUGCAAAAGGGGGAUAUCCAAUUCCGACGAAAGGUCUACUGGCGAACUCUCUUCAAGUUUCUCCUCUGGCAUGUGUGGAGUCUUGCUCUGUCUACCGCUUUGCUUUGGACAUUCCAGGCAUCUAGAGAUGCUGUGACUAUGUUCUUCGCAUACGUGCUCGCCUACACUGGUCUCAUCUGGUACCAAUACACCAAGAUCUUUACCGGUCCCCACGCAUUGAAACCACUCCUCACGGGAAUUUUAAUCGGAUUGCCCGCUGGAAUUGCUUUGAAAGUCUGUCUUCCCAAUACCUUGAGUGAUUAUUCGCAAAUCAUUGGUCUAGGAAGUGCAACUUGGAUUGUUGCCAUUCUGUCCCUCUGGAAUGCGAAAAUGGGAAUGCCCAAUAAAGUCGACUCACUCGUUGAGAUGGGCAAGAUCUACCAUGCUUUCACCACACCGUGGUCCGAUCCUGAAUGGUCCCAGCAGGAGCUCCAGAGCUUUUACGAGAGAGUAUCCCUCCUUCCAGCUGACUCCCGUUUCCAAGUUCUGCUCAGUGCCCACCCCGGAAUUGAGAUCAAGCAGGCCCUAGUCAAUCGCAGAGAGGAGAUUCGUGUUGAUGAAGCCUUCCCAAAUUCCAAAGACAUUAUCACUCAAGCCUUGAGUCUUUGGGAGAAGAACGAAAUACAAAUCGAGCUUGUGCCUCAAGGUUCUCUCGGCCCCAGCAUUCGAGCCUUAGGAUGCUAUAACCAGGGCAUACUUCAUUUGGCUAUCAGUGUGAGAGGUCUACACGAUGAGCGACUGGACAUUAGUGCCAAUUGCCAGAUCAUCGCGGAGACCAUGGUACACGCGGUCGCAGAAAUGAUGCUCGGAGUCCCUCACGAUUAUGCCAUGCUCUCUGAGGCAAUUGUGUCCGGUGGUGUCUCACACACCAUGGCUCGCCAACUCAGAGAAGAAGCCAAUACUACUCUCGUCGUGCGGUGGGCAAAAAAGGAACUUCUGCGUCAGCUUUGCCUUGGCUUCGAGCCAGACCUUCAUUGGGAUAAGUUGACUGUCAAGGUCCGAACUGCUCUACUGAAUCGCUGUCUGGGACUUCACGCCGAUCUAUCCAUCGGCCAACACCAGUGGCUGCGAAAGCGACUCUGCCAAUUUGACUCGCAAAGUCUUGAUGUUCAUAUUGCGCGAUGCAAUCUUGGAGCUGCCACUGCGAUCAGCAUCCUCGACUACGCUCACUAUGGAACUGGAGAGGCGGCUGUGCCUAAGGAUCCUGAGACCACCGAGUACAUCCCCUAUGUCCCCAGGAAGCUGCCAGCGGCUAUUUCAUUCCUUCGCGCGCCAUUCAGUUAUUCUUAUCACACGCUUGGCUCCAUUGUCAAGUUCAUCGUGGUUGCCUUGCUCGCCGAUCCCGAAUUUCAGAGAGAGUUUGAUCAUGUCAGUCAGUCUCUACCUACAUUCGUGCGUGUACCAUCGGUAUUUCUGCUCAACACGGUCUGGGUCUAUGCCAAGAUCUGUCAAGAUCUGGGAUUGUCUUUCUUCUUGUUCCACGGCCGCAAAAACGUCAAGCAACUGUGGGAAGAGACCAAAUCUAUGACAGUCCACAUCAAGAAGAGCAGAGUCCUCAUUCAAAGCUUGGAUGGAACCUUUACAGCUUUCAGGCACCAGGAGACCGAUGGAGGCUUCAAGUUCUACCAAUACGUUGGUGAGCACAAGACAGAGCCGAAAGAGGCAAAGGCCCUGAAAUACAUCAGCAGCUAUUCCAGUGGUAUGCUUCUUCUUAUCAGACAAGAAUUCCAGGGUGGAAAACUCAUCAAUGAGUACCAUUACGACUACCACACCCCAGGAAAGAAGGGAUUCAAACUGGGCAAAUCUUCGACCAGCCGCACUCCCCUUGGCCGACGCUGCGUUCAGGGCCAGAAUCAUCUUCAGAGCAUCGCUUAUGACCCCAAGGGUCUCGUUGACAGGGGUUCGUACAUGAAAGAUGGAAACUUGAUUAGCUUCAAGUACCACUAUCGCAAAAAUCCCCGUUUCGGUGACGAACUCCUACGCGCUGAAUUCUCCCUGUCUCACAUCACUGCCAAUGUCGCCUGGUGUGCACCUCCUCUUCGUCAUCCCGAAAAGCACAACCGAUACAUUCCACACUCGAAGGUCAUGGAAGCGACAUUCGUCCAACUCGGAAACGCCGAUGUCUAUGAGAGUCGCUGGCUUUAUGAUCACAAGUUCCACCCGACCAUCUUCACCACCAUCAAUGGAAUGAAGGUUCAAACCCCGCCCAUGAUUGAGCACGAUUAUCUCGGUGUUCUGGCCAAGCCGAAAUAUACCAGCUUCUUGCAUGACAAUCCUUUCCUCUUCUGCAAGAGUCUCCAGUCCAAUGUCUUCACUCGUCUCUUUGGUCUGACCAAGAAGCGUUUCGCUGUCUCCACAUCCAGGGCUCGCUCACUCAUGUGGAAGGCAUGGAAGGAUCGCACUGAUCUUGAUGGUAUUGUCGUUCGCUGGAUGGAUGAUCGUCUGCUCCGCAAGGAUAGUGUUCUUGCUCCUUACUGGCGCAGCCGCGACUGGGGUAACCUGACAAAUGCUAAGAAGUAUGUCAACCUUCGCGCAGAUGCAAUCAUGGCUAGCACGGACCUCGAUGACAACAUUUCGAGCUGGACACCUCUGGCUGUCAAAAUCAGUGAUCUGAUUAACUUUGGCCCUGGAGGUGAUGCCGUUGUGACAACUCGCUCCAAGGACUUUGCCAACGACACUGAGGAGACUCUACACGUCAUGGCCGCUGACAAUGGUACUUGGCCCAACGAGGGUGGUGGUGUCUCUGCUUGUCGACGAGACAUGAUCAAUUCUCUUCGCACUAUCAAAUGGCAUAUGAUUUGCGAGUCUGCAAACGACUUUGGUGUGCCCAAGCAUCAGACCGAGCAGAACAUUCAGUCCUUGAAGCUUAUCCCUCUUUGGGGCUUGGACUUCCUCACUCCCACCCACGGUCUCUUCCACAACAAGCUGGAUUCGGAGGUAGACAACGUCACAUCCGCUAGCGAGUUUGACAUCAAGAUGAACUUCAUUCCAAUUCUCACUGCAUUGGUGAAGGGUGCUCGCGCUAUUGACCUGUCCAAGGCUGACAUUCACCGUGCAACUCGGGCUCUGGUCAACCUCAACACGUACUUCCAGGAAUCGCGCCACUGGUCUCAAGUAUGGAACAGCGAGACUGUGAAGCAAACUUGGCGUGAUCUCUGGCUCACGCCAGACAUGCCCAAUGCAGUUCCGUCUCGUGAGUGGAUGGACACUGAGCUUCCCACUCUCUCGUCUCUCGACGUUGCGCUGGAAUUAUGGUACCGCUACCUCUUCAUCUUCUCUAUUCCAGUCCCCGACAAGAUCCCUGGUGUCUUCCAGGCUUCUCACCACAGUGUCAGCGCUUCAUACGGUGUUGUUUGCAAGAUCAAGCGUAACUGCACGCUUCAAGUCUGGGACCACGCCAUCGCCUGGAGAGAAACAAAUCUGUGUCUCUCAUCUGCCUUGUGCAAGCUUUCUCCGUUCGUUCGGAAUGCCCUUCUUGGAUUGAUGCGCAUCACAUCUGUUCUGACUUUGCACCACGCGGACAUCAUUCUCCCUUGCGCUGAUUUCUUCAACCCCGGCUGGGAGGUGGAGAUUGGAACUUGCCAGGGUACAAUUGAGCAUCGAAAUACCUUCCGUCGCAAGAUCGACCCCGUCGUCAAUGGCAUCACUGACAUGCAAAAGUUCGCCCCGGUGAAAGAGAUCAAGUCAGAACGCCCGACCGUCACCAUGCUUUCUCAUGUUUGGUAUGCGAAGGAUAUUAAAACUGCGCUACUAGCUGCCGAUAUCAUCAUCAACCAGUGGAAGUUCGAUGAGUAUCACCUCGACAUUUACGGUGCCAUUGACAAGGCUCCGACUUAUUCAACCGAGUGUCAGGAAAUCAUUGCUUCCAAGGGUCUCCGAGGUCGCGUCACCUUGAGAGGCACGGCUGACCCAAUGAAGGUUCUCGAGAACACUUGGCUCUUCCUCAACUCAUCCCUGUCUGAAGGUCUUCCUCUUGCCUUGGGCGAAGCUGCCUUGACAGGAGCUCCAGUCGUCUGCACAGACGUGGGUGCCUCACUGCGCGUUCUCAGCGACCCUGAUGACUUCUCUCGUUUCAGCGCAGUCGUCGCGCCCAAUGAUGCCCAAGCACUUGCAAAGGCUCAAAUCUCCAUGCUAGCUAUGCUCGGAGAGUGGAGCCAAUACAGCGAUGACAGUGAGAACGAGCCUCUGCCAGUCCUCACAUCCUCACCUACCGCCGAGGAAGUAGCCGCCAUCACACGUCGCAUGUACUCGAAGAGCGAACAGCGCCGGAAACUGGGCAUGAUGACUCGCAAUAUCGUCCAGAAGUCCUUCAGCGGCGAUCGCUAUCUCCGCGAGCACGAGCAAAUGCUUUGGAUCGGAAAGUCCGCCAAAAUGAUGGCAAGUCGUGCAGCCGGCGACGCCAUGGAGCCCACCGACAUCGCGACAGCCGUCGAGCAAACCGCCACCGUCGAAGAAGAGGUCAUCACCAUCCCCCGAAACGCGGUGCACUCCUGGCGCUCCUCGACUAUCUCGGGCAUGUCGACUCUGUACAGUUCGGUCUCGAACUACCCUCUUCAAAGUUAUCGGAACCGUCCCGUCUCCGAUAUUUCUGCCCUGAGCUUGAGCAAUGUCUCCACGGAUACUGAGUCUUUCGCUCGACUGCCUGUAUUUGCGCCCCGGCGUUCUAUGCUGUCGCAGACUAGUACGCCGGGUAACAUGUCGCCGGCUGGAAUGAGGUCGCCAAAUUUGCGAGCUUCACUGGCUGGACAGCGUCGGCCUCAUUCUAACGCACGCUCUAUCUCGACCGCUGGCAGAGAACAGUUGCGUGGAUUGAACCGAGAGGAUCUGCUCCAGUACCGCAAUUCGGAUGUCAGCACUAUCGUGAGAGAAGACUUCUUACGCUCUGGUAUACAUUUCAGUCACUGA